GCUGGAAUGAAAUACUCUGGCAAAGAGAGAAACUCACCGAUUAUCUGCUGAUGACUUUGGACAUUUAACUAACUAACUUAUAAACGCGGGGGUCGACAUGACGUGAGGGUCCUUCCUUAGUUUCUAUCCGUGAAAUAUCUUUAAAGAGGGGUGAGGCAGCAUGGCGGAAGGGGAAGAGGCCAUGAGCCAGGAGGACUGGAAGGAGAAGUGUUUGGUCCUGGAGGCUCUCCUCAUGAAGUUCAGAGUUCAGAUCAUCAAGAUUAGAGAACUCACCGCUGACAAGAUUCAGCAGCUGGAGACGCAGGUGAUCGAUGCAGAGAAGAGAGCCUUCACAGCUCAGCAGCAGGCACAGUGGAUGGAGGAGAAGCUAAAGGCUGCAGGUGGUCCCUCUGGAGACUCUGAGGUGUGUUUGUUUCAGCGGUGUCAGGAGCUGCAGGCGUUGGUGCAGGAGAGGGAAGAGGUCAUUGCACGGUUGGAGCUGCAGCUGGAGGAGCAGAAACAGAACCGACUCCAGGACGCCAAAACUGUGGAAGAGAAAGCCGCUAAGAUCAAGGAGUGGGUGAUGCUGAAGCUGUCAGAGUUUGAGGUGGAGAACGCAGCUUUAAGAGAAACCAACAAGCAGCAGGAAGCUCAGAUUGCGGAGCUACAGAAACAAGUGCUGGCAUUCGAACAGAAGUGUGCAGCUGGCGGAGGAAGAGGAGUCCUGAGCAGACCAGGUGAGGCUCAGCGUCUCAGCAGCCUGACGUUCGGCUGUUUCCAGGUGAAGGGGAAGAGUCCGCAGGUACUCACAGGCCCCGCCCCCUCCCAAAGAACCCUCAGUGUCCAGGGAGAGAACGACCAGGACAACAGUGAAAGGAGCGCUGCUCAGAUUUCCUCCUCUUCCUCAGGAUCAGUCUCUGAACUCCAUAGACCGGAUCACUCUGGACUCCUGCAGGAGGACAGCGCCUCUGAAAGUCUGGGUGAGAAUACAGGUGGAGCUGAGUCCCGGGGUGUCUCCUCUGUUCUGUCCAGCGCUGCAUCAGAGGGGGACGUAGGAGGAGGAGAAGAGGGAGGGAGUGAGAGCAGGGGGGACGGGCUGGAGUUCAGCCGGCCUGGCAGUGAAACCUACCUGACAGCUUCAGACGACAGCAGCUCUAUGUUUGACGAUGACAUGCAGCGAGCUGAGCGACCCCGCUUCAGCCUGCCAGGGGUUUCAGAUGGGACACUGGGGGGGAGUCAGAAGGGAGGGGGGGAGGCUCACAGGGAGGACUGCCCCUCUGAAGAGCUCAACAAACGUUUCCAGUCGCACAGACUCGACUCCUCAUCUUCCUCCAGCGAAACAAACACCCCCAGUCCCAUCCUCACCCCGGCCCUCACCCCGAAACGACCCAACCCUCCCCAGGACCCGAAGGACACCCCUGCCUCACCCAAACAGCCCCGCCUGCGGAAACCAGCAGGGUUCGGCCUCAUGAACGUCGCUCUGGCUAAGAAACACCUGAGCCAGCCACCCAUCUGCCGUGAGGCAGCACACGGACAAACACGCAACGCUCUGAGCAUGCUCCGCCCCCUCCGACCCUACGAGACAGACCUGGACCAGGAGCAGGAGGUUGUCAUUGAGACAGAGAAGGAUGCAGCUACUCUUCCAUCACUGAGGGACUCACCUGGUCAUCCUGAACCUGGGGCAGAGAUCAGGCCUGAGAGGCAAGACUGUGACGGCUCAGCACCAGGCUGCAAACCUCCAACACCGCCCUUACACAGGCUGCCCUCCUGGGAGAGUCGAAUCUACGCUGUGGCUAAGUCAGGGAUCAGACUGUCAGAGACUUCCUGCGCAGACGCUGCCAGUAAAGACUCGUCCCUUCAGUCCUCUUAUCCUGCCUUUGUAAUGUACACGUCCCUCAUCUAUAAAAACAUGACUACACCUGUUUACACCACUCUGAAGGGGAAAGCGACCCUGCUGAGCAGCAGUCCAUUCUCUGAUGAGUCGUCCAGCUCUGAGGAGUCAUCCAGCUCGGGAGAGGAGGACGGCUCUAUCUGCAGCUCCCGCACCUCAUCCAGCUCCCGGAAAGACAGCACCCCGGGCAGCCCACGCUCACUCAAGAGAGCCGUGUCGAUGUCUUCAAUGACCUCAGAGAGCGACUACGCCAUCCCUCCUGACGCCUACUCCACUGACACAGAGUGCUCUGAACCCGAGCAGAAGCUACCGAAGACCUGCUCUUCAUCCAGUGACAACGGGAGGACUGAGCCGAUGGAGAAGUCAGGCUACCUGCUGAAGAUGGUGAAGACCUGGAAGAAAACCUGGAAGAGACGAUGGUUUGUUCUGAAAGACGGAGAGUUGCUCUACUAUAAAUCACCUAGUGACGUGAUCAGGAAACCUCAGGGUCAGAUCGAGGUCAACGCCAGCAGCAGCAUCGCCCGUGGGGACGGAAAACAAGUCCUCCAGAUAGUGACGGGGAAGCGUGUGUACUACCUGAAGGCCGACUCUCCUAACCUACUGGACGAGUGGCUCAGGACGCUACAGAGCGUGCUCAGACUGAAAACUGCCAGUCCGCUCUUUACUCAGCCUGAUAUCCGGCCCAGCAUGAAGGGGCUGCUUGUCAAGGUGAAGCACGGAUACUCAAAGCGGGUUUGGUGUGCUCUGAUUGGAAAAACGUUGUUCUAUUUCCGCAGCCAAGAGGACAAGUUUCCUCUAGGUCAGAUCAAGCUGUGGGAGGCCCGGGUGGAGGAGGUGGACAGGUCAAAAGAUUCAGAUGAUGACCUGAAGGCGUGUGGGCGGGGCUUACAGGCGACACCUUUCACCAUUGCAAUCCACCCUCAGGAGCAGGGGCCGACCUACCUGCUCAUCGAGAACCGCCACGAGAAGGACUCGUGGCUCUUCCAUCUGUCUGUAGCUGCAGGAACGUCUGUGGGAACAGUCGGCACUGACUUCGAACAGCUGGUGGGAAAACUCUUCCAACUGGACGGAGAUCCAAACUCUUCGAUCUGGAGACACCCUGUGUUGUGUUUCAGUAAAGAAGGUCUGUCGUCUCCUCUCACCACGCUGCCUUCACUGGCUCUGCAGACUGAGGCUGUGAAACUCUUUAAGACCUGUCAGCUAUUCAUCAACGUGGCCAUCGAUGCUCCUGCCAUCGACUACCACGUCUCUCUGGCUCAGAGCGCCCUGCAGGUGUGUCUGACGCACCCCGAGCUGCAGAACGAGUUCUUCUGUCAGCUCAUCAAACAGACCCGCAGGAGGACACCACAGGGCCACCUGGGUCCCUUGCAGGGUUGGCAGUUUCUCGCCCUGUGUGUUGGACUGUUUCUGCCCCAGCAUCCGUUCCUCUGGCUGCUGCAGGUUCACCUCAACAGACAUGGGGACUCCAGGACUGAAGUAGGUAAAUAUGCCAUCUACUGCCUGCGCUCCAUGGAGCGGACCCAGCAGAAGGGUGAGAGACAGGCCCGGCCAUCCCGCAUGGAGAUCCUGUCCAUCCUGCUGAGGAAUCCCUAUCAUCACUCUCUGCCCUUCAGCAUGCCCGUCCACUUCCUCAACAGCACCUACCAGGUGGUGAGCUUCGACGCUUCAACUACAGUGGACGAGUUCCAGAGUCGCCUGAACCAGGACAGCAGCAUGAGGAAGACCGGCCUCUCUGGUUUCAGUUUGUACACCGACGACCCCACAGGGCGAGAGCUGGAGCACUGUCUGCAGGGGGGAGUGAAGAUUUGUGACAUCAUCUCCAAAUGGGAGCAAGCCUCGAAGGAGCAGCACACCGGGAAGUCUGAGAACACCAGGACGGUGCGCCUCACAUACAAGAACAGGCUGUACUUCUCUCUCCAGGUCAGGGGGGAGUCAGAGAGGGAGAGGCUGCUGCUGGCGUAUCAGACAAACGAGGCCAUCGUCGCGGGACACUUCCCCGUCAACAAGGAGCUCGCUCUGGAGAUGGCCGCCCUGCUGGCUCAGGUGGAGUAUGGAGAUUUUGAGCGUCCCUUCUCUGCUCCUGGAUCAGCACAAACCAAGUCUAACCAAACUCUGAAGCAGGUUCUGGACAGAUUCUACCCCAAACAUUACCGCAGGAGCACGUCUGAGGAGCAGCUCAGAGUGCUGCUGCAGCGUCUCUCAGCACGCUGGGCCUCCCUCAGGGGUCGAAGUUCAUCAGAGUGUGUCAGGAUCUACCUGACCGUUGCCAGGAAGUGGCCAUUCUUUGGUGCCAAAUUAUUUGAAGCAGAGUCUGUCACUGCGUCUCCACAGCAGGGUGUGCGUGUUUGGCUGGCCGUGCAUGAGGAUGGCCUCAGUGUCCUGGAGCACAACUCUGUGAAGCCACUGGUGUCCCACACCUACAAGACCCUGAUGACGUUUGGAGGCUGCAGACAGGACUUCAUGCUGGUGGUGGGACAGAGCGUCGUGACAAAUGCCAGUAAAGACAAACCUACAGAGAAACAUCUCUUUGCCAUGGACGCCUCCAAGAUCAGGGAGAUCACCCUCCUCAUCUCCAGUUACAUCAACAGCGCUCAUCAGCAGAAGGCGGCCGCCCACCACCUUUCAGCCCCGGCUCUAAUGGUCGCUCAGCCCGUCAGUCUGAAAAGUAAAGAGCUGAGGAGCAAAUCUCCCCCCGCACUGGGACGCCCCAGCAAGGCUCCCACGCUGCUGUGAUGGGACACAAAUACUACCAAGCCCUCUGAAAAAUAUUUACUUUACUGAGAUAUUUUGUGAUCACACUGCCACAUCCAGAGGUGUCUAGUUGGUCACAUUCAUUUCUGUAUUUUUUGGGGCUUUUAUUCCUUUAUUUAGAGAGGACAAUAAAAAGAGAGGGAAACUGGGACGAGAGUGCAUGUGGCAUGUGGUUUCAUCACUUAGCCAAUCCAGCGCCCCAGAUUCAUUUUUGCUAUGAAGAAUGGUCAAAGUAAAGUAAAGGUCAAAGUAAAGAGGGAUUUCAGAGUUUAGAACCUAAAGAUAUUUUUAAUGUAAAUGGCAAGAAGAUAGAAAAACUGCUGAGCGGCUGAGCAGGCUGCAGUGUCAUUUUUGGGAAAAGGAUCAAGGUGUGUUCACUGAAAGGUUUUAUUUUUUGUCACUGAUAGGCUUAGAUUAUUAUUUUAAGUGUCCAAAAAAGAAUACAGAGAAUCCGUAGAAACAGUUGUUCCUGUGCUCUCUUUACCACCAGACUCUACUGACAAAAUCAGCAAUUUCACCUUCACUGAACACACGAGAUGCUGAUCUACUUCUUAAUUAAUCAGUCAGUUUCUUUCUUUUAUUUUCCAUUAUUUCAUCCCUGUUAAGCACCCAGCUAAAUGGGUACGACCGCAACAUAACAGUACAGAAAGAUGUUCCCUCCCUGGUCCCCAAACCAAAGUUUCCAAGUACCCAAAACAAUUAAUUACAAAUAAAGUGCAACAAUAGCGACAACUGAAUGAAUAACCCUGGAAUGAACAAAUGUCAAAACAUCAAUCAAAAGAAACUGUCUUAUAUCAAACACUUCUACCCUUUACUAUAUAACCCAAAAUACAUAAACUUCACCCGACUCCUUAGCUGAAAUCAAAAGAAGAACAAAGCAAUACAAAAUAAAUUCAACCCAGCUGCUUCAGUUGUAACUCAGGAAAUACCAAAAACCAAAAUCUUGGAUGAACCAGACUAAAGAAGUUUCACAACAUUUUUAUUCCACAUCAAUCACAGUGUACAGAAAAAAAAAACCUGGAGGCUGAGGACGGAAAACUCUGCAGCUGUUACUGAUCACCAAACCCCUGUGGGAGAGCUGACCCACAUAUCCAGCAUAGACUGUAUGAAACAUGGAGGCAAUCUCAUUAACGUCAUCCAUUGGUUUCUUAAGAGGUGUCACAAAGCCUAACUAUGGUGGUCGCCAUUUUGGAAAUGCUGACUCAACCUAACUUUCGAUGUAGAAACAGUCAAAGAGGUGGAGCUUAGGCGGGUUUCAGCAAUCUAGUAAACAGCUACAGCUUGCACACCUGUCACUCAACUCAGCCACACCCAUAAUUAUGUAAAUGUGUAUAUGACUCAUAGCCUUGAUAUUACCAAAACAGAUGAGUUGCUAGAGAGUUCGGCCUGUGUAGGAUGUAAACGUGUGUAUUUCUGUUGUCGAUGUUAAUGUGGGUGUUACCAGGUUUUCCUCAAGCGGCAAAUUGAAACCAAUGCGGAAGUGUUAAAAACUGCAGUUCUUCAAGUGUCCACUUGAGGCUGGCGCCGGAAGUACAGGAAACCACAUACACACAAAAUCA